GGAUUUUGAUGGACUGUAAACCAGAGGAAACAGAAAGGAAAGAAAAAGAAAGGUUUUAUUUGUAUGGACAUUAGACCUUUAUUUAUGCUUUUUUUGCUAGCAUUGUCUUUUUAUUUUAUUUUUGAAUUCUGAGUCUUAAAAAUUAGGAAAGCACAGCAAAUGCACCCAGGAUUUAAUACGUGCGACGUGAAAUCUUCCUGCAUCAAGAGGAUGUUACUGUAGUCAAUCCAGCGUCUCUCCAAUAAGCAAGAAGAUGGUUUUGUUUUCCUCGGCAGGCGGACUCAGCCAUUGCACAGGCAGAUUUUGAUAAGAAUUUGAAAUGCCUACUACUGUAUCGCUGUAGCAUUUGGAGUUUGCUAACAGUGUUAGUGACUGGAGCUCAUCUUGCAUCACCAGUUGAUGACAAUUUUCUUUGUUCCCUCCCACCCAGUUGAACCAAGACUCUGUAGCUGAUACGCAAUGUCACUUACAACAUUAAUCAGAUACUGCAUUUAAGGCCGACACACAGUAGCCACAGAGUUCACAAAAUUACUGAGAUGGUUUUGCCGAAAAUACCUGUCGAUACCACUUCUGAAAGACUGUAACAGAAGAACAGCCUAAUUUUAGAUGACAGUCAUGUCCCAUUCAAAGGAUCUCAAGGAUGAUUUCCACAGUGACACUGUACUUUCUAUUUUAAAUGAACAGCGCAUUCGGGGUAUUUUAUGUGAUGUCACCAUAAUUGUGGAAGAUACUAAAUUUAAAGCCCAUAGCAAUGUGCUGGCAGCUUCAAGCCUUUACUUUAAAAACAUUUUUUGGAGUCGUACUAUCUGUAUUUCAGGUCACGUACUGGAGUUAGAUGAUCUGAAAGCUGAAGUGUUUACAGAAAUACUGAAUUACAUCUACAGUUCCACAGUAGUAGUUAAGAGGCAGGAAACUGUAACGGACCUUGCAGCUGCAGGGAAAAAACUGGGAAUAUCAUUUCUAGAAGAUCUUACAGAUGCUAAUUUUUCAAGUUCCCCUUGUCCCUAUGCAUACUGCAUUAGUGAAAAAGGGGCUGUCAAAGAGGAAAAACAUGAAAAGAGACAUGAAGACUCUGCAGUGACAAAUGGACCACGAAUUACAAAUGCGUUCUCAAUUUUUGAAACGGAAAACAGUUUAUUUUCUCCACUUGAUCUGAGGGCCAGCUUUAAAAAGGCAUCUGAGACAGCACAAGCUCCCAACGUCAGCCUCGACAGAAGCAACGCUGGCAAGGAUGCUGAGCCAGCCAGCACCCUGGCUGAACACUCCUAUGCGGUUUCUUCCGGGGCAGAUAGUUUCCAAGGAACACCUUUUCCUGCACAGGACAGCAGCCCUUCGUGCAAGACGGGUGAAGACCACUAUGAAAAUCCCCAAGCCACGCCACUCGUUCAGCCGGGAAAACAAGCAUGCAGCACUCCUAAGGCGGCCUUCAAGCCCCAAGGUGCUGGAUCGGCUACAUCAAAAGGACCGGCCUCUACAGUAACCACUACAGAAGCCCAACAUGAAGCAGUUGCUGAACAGACAAUAAUUUCCUUUCCAAAACCUCAAAAUAAAGCAGGACACUUCAAUUUAUCCAGAGAAGAGGAAAACCGUUCUGCUAAUGGCUCUGGAUCAGUGGCAACUGUUGUUGCACCUGUCUACAAUUGUAACUGUUGUGGAAAAUCAUUCAAUGAGAGGGCGUUACUCAGUACUCAUCUUCAGCUCCAUUCAGAGCGUCAGGAAACUUUUGUAUGCAAAUACUGCAGCAAACAAUUUGCAGGUCUAAAUAUACUGGAAAGUCAUGAACAAGUCUGCAUGAGAUCGAGUAGCUUAUCGGUUAGCAAUGGAAAUGAACAAAAUUUUGCAGAUAACUAUACUGCCACGGAUGGAAGGAAUGGAAGUUCAUAUGCAAACACAGAGCCUCUGUUGUCUGAAAACAGCAUCACUGAUUAUUCUAAUGCAAACUGCACUUUACCAGAAACAGAUCAUUUGGUUAAAGUUGUGGAUGGGCAGAUAUUAUAUACUUGCAUCGUUUGCAAGCGUAGUUAUGUAACACUGUCUAGCCUUCGAAGGCAUGCAAAUGUGCACUCGUGGAGAAGAACAUAUCCUUGUCACUACUGCAAUAAAGUGUUCGCGUUAGCUGAGUAUCGCACCAGACAUGAGAUCUGGCACACUGGAGAAAGACGGUAUCAGUGCAUUUUCUGUCUGGAGACUUUUAUGACUUACUACAUACUAAAAAAUCACCAGAAGUCUUUCCACGCAAUUGACCAUCGUCUCUCAGUAAAUAAAAAGACAGCCAACGGAGGCUUAAAACCAAGUAUGUACCCGUACAAACUUUAUCGACUCCUACCUAUGAAAUGCAGGCGACUACCUUAUAAGUCCUACCGAAAUGCUUCCUAUGAAAAUGUUCAAACAAGCAGCCAGGUUAAUGAAACUCCUUCUACUAACUGUUUCAUUCCGAGUUCUCUUAGCUCUGAGCUACCACCACUGAAUUUUCAAAGUAAUAUAAUAGCAAACAACAGAACGCUUCCCUUGGAUACAUCUUCGUGUAAUGAUACAGCAUCUUCCACAAAUACUCAGAAGAAUUCUUCCUCUUGGGGAGUGGGUGUCUUAAAUUCUGACCUGCGAAAAGACUUCUACACAGCUGAAAAAAGAGCUUCCGCUGCUGCAAAUGACUCUGCUUCUCAGGAGUGUGAUUCCUCAGUUCCAUCUUUACCUAAUGUGAAUGAAAAUUCAACCUCUGUCAUCAGUUACAGCAGUUCUGCGCCCUCUGUUAUAAUGCACAGUAGCAGAAUUUCAUCAGUAAUAAUGCACGGUAAAACAGUAACUUCUUUAGAAAACAGUAAAUCGGAAUCUUCAAAUAAUCUACCUGGCCAGUCUGCAAGGGAUGACUGUAAAUAUGGGUCAGAUAAUUAUGGGAAGUGCAUUACAAAAUCAAAAACUAUCAAGGACAAAAAGAAAACACUGCUGUGCAACAGAGCAGAAGCAACUGAGGAUACUCAGCACGUCACAGGAUCCGGAGGUUCAUCUAGCAAAACAACAACUGCACAAGAAUCGAGUAAAACUGAAACAUACAUUGCAAAGCCUGCCUUACCUGGAACAUCUACUGACAGCAAUGUUGCGCCUCUUUGUCAAAUAACAGUAAAAAUUGGUAAUGAGGCUAUUGUCAAAAGACAUAUAUUGGGAUCUAAGCUGUUUUGUAAAAGGGGCAGAAAAUCUAAACAUGAGUCCAAACAGGACAAUCUAAUUGAGGAAUCAGAAAUGGAGAUGAAAGAAAGAAGCCCGUCUAGGCUCUAUAGCUCAGAAUGCCUGGAACUGACAGAAAUGUGUGAUGACGUAAGUGACCAGGACUCGAGUGAUAAACCCUGGAGACCCUAUUAUAAUUACAAACCGAAAAAGAAAUCCAAACAGCUGAGAAAGAUGAAAAAGACCAAGUGGAGGAGAAAGCACGGAAGCAAGAACACCAUUACGGAGAGCCACAACACGAGCAGUCGGGAAUAUGUGCUCAGGAACGCUCCUGAGGAAAAGGUGAUGAGUCAAGAAGAGAACACAGAAAUGCCCAAUCUGCAUUGCGAGCUCUGCGAAAGAGAUCAGUCUUCCACUGCAGAAAUUCAAGAACACGUCCACUGGCAUGUAGCUGCUUCAAAGCCUUACAUUUGUGAAUUAUGCCAAAAACAAUUUCAAAGUCCAUCCACUUUGAAAAUGCAUAUGAGGUGUCACACUGGGGAAAAGCCCCACACUUGUAAAACCUGUGGUAAAUGUUUCUCAGUUCCUGGAAACCUACAGAAACAUGAACGUAUUCACCUGGGUGUCAAAGACUUUGUCUGCAAAUACUGUAAUAAGGCGUUCACUUUAAAUGAAACUCUCAAAAUACAUGAAAGAAUUCAUACUGGAGAAAAACGCUACCACUGUCAGUUCUGCUUUCAGAGCUUCUUGUACCUUUCUACCAAAAGGAAUCAUGAGCAAAGGCAUGUACGUGAGCAUAAUGGAAAAGGGUACGCUUGUUUUCAGUGCCCUAAAAUUUGCAAGACAGCAGCUGCUCUGGGAAUGCACCAGAAAAAACAUCUGUUCAAAAGUCCAGGUCCAAAAGAUAGAAAAGAACAGUUUUGCAAUGAAAGCACUAAACUUCUGGAAAAUCCACAUUUCCUUGGCUCAGAAGGAAGUGAAGUAAAAAAUAUACAAAAUGUAACUCCAGAAGUUAUACUUUGAGUGACAGUUGUGCAAAAGAGAAGAAAAAUCCGAAACCAUGUUGGAGAAAACAGAGAUGCAUUGAACGAGGAGAAAUCUCCACUCAAAUGACUAUCAUUUACUAAGAUCAAAUUUAUUCCAAAUAACACAGAAAGGAAAAACUAGCAUUUGCAAUAAUACAAACUUCAUGUGAAAGACCCAAAAUACUUUUGCCACAAUAGACUUCUAACAUGUAGAGAGAGAAACAGAAAAAAGGAAAAAAAAUGACCAACCAAAACCCUUCUACUAAGCAUUACAGGAAACUACUCACUGAACUAUUUCACAGUGCUGGUUUGGAGUCAGAGUCAUUCUGGGUAAAGUAAAUAUGUAGGUUUACAGUGUACUCUGCAGAAGGAAUUUUUGCUGCAGAAACCAUAUAUUGCAUUUUUUUAACAAAAAGUAAUGUGUCUAUAAACAAAAUAAUUGUAAUCUAAUGUAUUCUAAAGUCAAGGUGGGAAAUGUUUCAUGAGCUUGGGUAUGCUGAAGUACAGUUGAGUUCUGGCGUGCUUUUCUGUAACUCAACAUUUACAAAACAUAUUUAGGGGCUUAAACCUCUUUUUCCUUUCCAUAUUCUGUUUUGCAGUUACCAUAAUAACCGUUAAGUCUGAGUGCUUGUAUGGAAAGUAUUCCAGAUCUAUGAUAUCUCCGAGACAUUUAAUAAAGAUUCAGUGUAACUCACACUAGCCAGUCUUCCAAACUGCAUAAAUCCCAAUGUCAGUGGCCUGGUAGAGCUGUUCAGGUACAUUUGUCUAAAGAAAACUGUUCUCAUGAAACAGCCUAGCUUAAAGAAAUCCUGUAUGUAAACGUCCACCCCCUGGUGGGUCUGCAGCUCCUGUAUUUUAGAAAUACCAUUCUCAGCAGCAGAAGAGGAGGUUUAGCCAGAGUCUUCCUCCUUAUCCUGGAAUAAUGUCUGGACAGAAGUGACACAGCAACUCCUCAUAAAUACUUUGAUUUUGGGAGGAGUAGGUAAAUACUCAGAUUCUUGCUUUCAUAUAUGUCCUUGAGGCAGCCCCUCUGUAUUAACAGGGACAGGGCCGGUUUGGGGGGUUCCCUGCCAUCCCCAUGCCUUAAAUACAACAUCUAAGCAUCCAUCCCUUCUCGGUGAUCCCCGGCACAGCGGGGCUGCAGCUGAGAUGCCUGGAAGGGGGUGCUGGAGGAAGAAGAGUUAGCCCUUCGGCCUCCCUCACCUGCCACACCGGAGGGUCGCGGUGAGCCUUGCGGCUUCACAGUUUGCGAAGAAUCGGGAGAACAGGCUUCUGAAAGACAUCACCAAAAUAUUACAGUUGAAAUUAUUUCAUGAAGAUGUGCUUCAUUUUAAGAAAUUUUUAAAAAGUCAAAGAGUGUUUGUGUACAGGUUGCAGUUUAUAUGGUAGGGCUCUGUUGUACUGUAUCUGCAUUUCCAAUUAGUCAUGUAUGUUCAUCUCUAUGAAGUGUUAAAAAAUUAAGUCAGGACAAAGGUUAGUGAUCCUGAACUUCAUUGUCUGUGCAAAUAUGGUACACAGUUUGUUUACUUUGUCCUCUUGAAUAUUUUAAAAGAAACUAUAGCUUGGGUAGAAUAAAACUACAAUUGAAAUGAUAGUACAGUAUUGAUUGAAGUAAUAAUAUAGUCCACUUAUUUAUUCUAUCAUUGGUGAUUGCUAUGAACCCCUUGAGAAAUGUUGGUUUCAUGGCAGCUUUGGUUUCAUUUAAAUAAGGAUAACAGAAGAAUAAACACAAGAAAGUACAAUGAUGUUUCAAAGGAAGUACACAAAGAUAUCUUCCAAGUGGACUUGUAUGAUGAUAAUUAUAGACCAAAGCAAAUAAGGUAGAAUAUUUAUAAAUAUAAAGAUAAUUUUACAAAUAUUUUAUAUAACUGUAUAGUUCAUAAGAAAAAAUAUCGAUAGCUUGUGUUAGGCUUGGGGGGGGGUUUGUAUAUUUUGAUAAAAACACGACUUUGUAACUCUGUAUAUUCUCUACAGUUUAUAGCAAAGCAGUUUUAAGAUGGCAAUGUCAUGUUUAUAAUUCAAUUGUGGCACUUUUACUACAAGUAACAUGUUGCAGUAAUGAGUCAAGUAUUAAUGACCAAAUUAGAAUUAAAGUAAGUGUAAGAGAAGGUAAAUACUAUACGUUGUCAAAGACUGUAAUUUGCUACAUAAUCACAUCUGUAUUUUUGUUUAGAAGAAAAUAUUAAAUGCAGAUGUUAAGGAUUGAUAAAGAGUCUAAUUUUAUUUUUAGAAAGAGUGAUUAUAACUCUGUUUUUCCUUAAUUAAAAUAACAUCUUCCUA